CUUUGGCUUUCUUGCCAGUCAGACAGGUGCAGACGAUGACUUGCUGUACGAACAGCAUGUAUUGGAUCAAUGGGCGCUCGACGUCGAGCUCUCUGGGUGGCCUCUGUGCAUCGGGCGGCAUCAAGAUCACUGACCACGUUUUCGUCUUCAAACACGUAUGUAUGCGAUGUGACAUCCUAUCCACAGCACAGAGGGCGGGAGAGUGGCGCUCUCAUCUCCUGGUCUCAUCUUUCACUCGGAUGUGUGUCGCUCGCUGGGCUGGUUGUGUGCAGGCACCGACUGAGUGGGUGCGUCGUGGCCUCGUCAACAAUGCCAAGCCGUGUGUGUUUGGGCCGGGGGGGUCCGUCCUUACGGUCCACGCAGACCGCACAGAGCACCCCCAGGCCAUCUACAUGCACGCCCCGCCAGGCCGCAGGCCGCAGGGUCAACCUCACUGACGGCAGGUCAGUGAGAGGUCGGCAAGCCGCGUGAGGCGUGAUUUUAUCAAUGCUCUCAUGCCGGUCCUUCAGGAAAGUGACAGCGCUCUCGUAUGAGCUUCGCUCGUACAUCGCCGCCAAGGACACCGAAGCGCACAAGCCCCUCCACCCGGCAGACACCAAGAAGCCCUCCCCUCAGCUCGCCCAGCUGCCCACGGCGAGCACACGAGACUGGCGCGGCGCCUCGCAAGAGGACAUCCAAGAGCCAAGCCAAGAGGGGAUCAACCGAUGGUUUGUCGAGGAGUAUCUGCCGGCACAAGAGGCGAAGGAGGCCGAGGAGGAUGACAAGCGGUGGGCGGAGGUUGAGGAGAAGAAGGCCAAGCAGCCCUACGACCACUCGCAGUGGGCACACUUUGACGAGGAGUGGGCGAGGGUGAACAACAGGCAGCUGUGGCGGCAGUGUUCAAGGAGUGGGAGGCCGCCAACCCCAAGAUGGCCCCCUUGGUGCGGAAGAAGUGGAAGGGCACACCCACCAUUCGACUGUGAGGGGCGGCAUAAGGGAGGGAGGGGGGAGAGGGAGGGAGGGUAGUUGGGCUAUGGGCUACGCUGCAUGUGUGUAAGAACAGCCAUGCGGAUUGUGUGCUGUACCAGGAAGGGAGACAGGCACCUAAGUCUUGCGCUGUGUGGUGGGAACACAACAGCUGCUCUCUCUUUGUUUUGUCGAUCCGCGGGCUGCGUGGGUGGACGGCUGCUUUGGCUAGGCUUGACUAAUGGUGCCUGCCUGCCUGGAUGCCAGCCUCCCAGUCAGUCCGUCAAUCUGUCUCUCUGGACGGUGCUUGCCGUGGGAUGCAAGUGUUGCCUGAUGGCUGCCUUUGACGGCCUGUCGGUGAACUCUUGAUGCUCACUGUCAUGCGGGGAGGGGUGAGACUUUUACUCGACCGCAGGGAAGGCUGACAUGAGGGAACACACGACUAGCCAGAGAACAGACAAAGGAAUCGGACGACUUAGUGGCUCAUACUCACAUGACAUCCCCUUGACUCAUGACUCACUCAGUGUAUGUUGAUGACCAGAUAAAGUUCAAGAAUCUCU